AUGGAGUCGUUGCCAGCGCACCAGCCUCUUCUUGGGGAUGACACCGAUGAAGAACUCAGCGAUGAGCAAAUCCGCGAGCUGUUUACCGAAGCUGCCCAACGAAUGCAGGCCAAGGCUGCUUCACAGUCUUCCACCGAAGCUCCUUUCAAGCUUCCCAAGCUGAGGCCCGGUCACAUUGCCGACACAUAUGAGACAACAGAGGGCAACAUCACACGCUUAGACAAGUCCAAGCUCAUCGACAAAGAGCAGCAGGCGCUCGCUAGUCGCAUCAAGAAGAUUGACGAUCCUCUUCAAAUCCGGAAGAAAAGAAAAGAGGAGAAGAAAGCCAGUGCUGGAGCCCAAUGGUUCAAUAUGCCAAAGACUGAGCUCACCCCUGAGCUGCGCCGAGACUUGCAGCUACUCAAGAUGAGAAACGUUCUCGAUCCAAAGCGCCACUACAAAAAGGACAACUCCAAGAACGACGUGCCAGAAUACUCGCAGGUUGGGACGAUCAUUGAGGGCGCCACCGAAUUCUACAGUAGCCGCUUGACGAAUAAGGAACGCAAGCAGACUCUACUAGAAGAGAUUGUAUCUCAGGAACAAGCCAACGGACGCUUCAAGAGGAAAUACGAUGACAUCUCGAAAGCCAAGAGCAGCGGAAAGAAGAGUUUCUACAAAGCACUCAAGGCAAAGCGGAAUAAGGGCAAGUAUGAUGAUUAUGCUCGACGGCGAAAAACGACCGUGACGCGCACGCUCUGGCCCUCCGGACUGAAUGCACACCGAUCGUGA